UUAUAAUGUUUUUAUUAUUAUUUUGUAUCUUGUAUAUUAUUUCUUUUAUUCACAGGGUCCUUUAGGUGCUAUGGGUGUUCCGUGUGUUCCAGGCACUUGACCAUUCCAGAUUUUAGCAAACAUUGACAGGACUGAUGCAUGACCAGCCAUGUAUGACCCCAAUCUGACCCCAAUAAAUCCUACUUGGUUUGCUUGUAUAAUAACUACACGCUAUGGUCCAUACAGCGAAAUCCUUCAUAAUGGCUACUUUUCUGAGAGGUUUUUUACUUUCACUAGUAACUGUAUCAUGCUAUGCUAAACAUCCAUUGCUUCUGGUUUCCUUAGACGGUCUUGGAUGGCAAUUUACUGACGGCAAAUUCGCAAACACGCCUAACCUCGACUCCAUUGAAAAAAAUGGCGUCAAAGCAAGCUACAUGGUUACMGUUACACCGACCAAGACCUGGCCAACRCAUCAAACAUACUUGACUGGUUUGUAUCCAGAAAGCCAUGGUAUUAUUUCCAAUAACUUCUGGGAUCCUGUUUACGAAGAGAUGUUCAUUCUCCAGUAUGACUGCUCUAACUUUGACCCAAAGUUUUACAAAGACGCCGAGCCGAUUUGGUUGACUGUCCAGAAACAGGGAUACCGCUCAGCAAUGCAUUUUUGGCCAGGAUUCUUUAGUUAUAACGAGAAACCAAGUCUAUAUGAGAAACUUACUUGCUUUGUAAACUGCACUGAGCUUAACAGUGAUUAUAAAAACUUGCCAAAACAUCGACAAAAAACUCGUGCUGGCUGGCCUCCUUAUAUUCAUUGCUUUGCAAACCAGAGUCUUCCAUUUCGCAACCGUAUCGAUAAACUCGUUGGAUGGUUGAAACAAAGCGAUCCUCCACAUUUCUCAACGUUGUAUGUCAAUCAGCCAGAUUCUGCAGGUCAUACAUAUGGGAUUAACACAGGUGACUUUGCCAAAGCCAUCGACCGAGUCGACAAAGAUGUAGUAGGUUACUUAGUUGAAAGCCUUAAAAAAGCUAAUCUAUUCGACAAAAUCAACAUGAUCAUCGUCUCGGAUCACAGUUUUGUAGAAACAUCGUCCAAAAGAGUUAUUUAUCUAAGUGAUUAUCUCGAUACAAAUACAUUCACAAUGGCAGAGCAGGGUGUUAUAGGGCACUUAUGGCCGUCGAAGGGUAAAGAAGACGAAAUUUAUGCAAACCUCACAAAUGGAAAUAUCACGCAUAUUAAAGUGUACAAGAAAGAAGACAUUCCUGAAGGUUUGCAUUUUAAGCACAAUCGCCGCGUCCCACCAAUAUACAUUGARCCUGAUCUAGGAUGGGUGGUUAGAGUCCAAAGACCCGCAAAAAUAACACCAUGGAUAAAUGCAGGACACGGAUGGCAGGCAAGGAAAGAACUCGGAGCUAUAUUCUACGCCCACGGUCCUUCAUUCAAGCGGGGUUACAAAACAAAGGGGCCAGUGCAGGCUAUUGACCUCUACCCUCUGAUGUGYCAUCUCCUUGGAAUCAAUCCGCUGGCCAACAACGGCUCACUUGAKAAUAUGAAGGACAUGCUAGUGGCUGAAAAUCCAUCUAGCGUAGCAGAUUCACCUCUGCCUAAGUUCUUAUUCGUUGUAUUUUCGUUUUUAGCGAAUCUAUUUAAGAAUAAUCGUUAACAUGGGAGGAUUCAGCUGAGAUUUUAAGGUGUAACUAAACAGUUUUAAUGAGCUUUAUUUGUUAUAAACAACAUUGAAAAUAAUAAUAAAAAAAAACAAUUUAAACUUUUUCUAUUCAGAGGGAGGGGGUGUAAGGCACCCCUUUGUCCCUCCUUGGAUCCGCCCUUGUUAAAGUGUUAAAAGUAAUAUUGUUUGUUAAAAAUUUGGGUUUAUGCUUAGUCUUGUACCACAAAAUUAUUGACCCAUCAAAUGGAUAUCAAGCUUGGGAAAUUUUAAUUUUUUUAAUUUUUUUUAAAUUUAAUUAAAAUUUAAAAAAGGG